GGGGCUAAAGGAAGCCAGACUGGAGGGGCACACGCUGUAUGAUAGUUUCUUAUCCAACACACUCAUUGGAAACAAUGUUUAUCGGCUAAAUCUGAACAGCGUUUUUGCUUUGUUCUUAUUGGUUUCUUUUAGUAGCUUGUUUCUUAGUAACAUUGCAGACUUUCACAAGUUCCGAUGUGUCCACGCAGGCAGUAACCUGGUUAAAGCCACAUUAUGACUGAAUUAGAAGCCAUGGGGGCGGGGGCGCCUCCACCCUACAUAAUGUUUCUGGUGGUCUUCCUUUUCUUUCUUACGGGACUGCUGGGCUUCCUAAUCUGCCACCUCUUGAAGAAGAAGGGCUAUCACUGUCGAACAGACGUGGAGGAUGAGGAGGAGGAGGAGAAGCUAGGAGGAAAUGCAGAUGAUGAGGAUGAAGAGAACCAGGACACGGUGGAGCAGAUCCUUAAAUGUAUCAUACAAAAUGAAGCAAAUAUGGAAGCCUUCAACGAGAUGUUGGGAAACCAUAAUGUCUGCGUACGCCAUGACCCCAGGUUGCGUAAGGAGUCCAUUGGUGGUAUUCCUCCCCAUCUCCACACAGUUCACUCAGGCACCGACCACAACUCCUGCCACCUCUGUGCCCAGAUUAAAUCUAAAAAAGGCCGCAGACAAAGCAGAACCCUACGUGCCAAGCAGCGACCUGGGGAACAGACUGUCUUCUCUGUUGGCAGGUUCCGAGUGACACACACUGAUAAAAAGUCUCAUGGUGGUCCAAGUCCAUUGGCCAUUUCAGGGGACCAGCUGGACCAAUCCCAGGACAGCGAUGAUAGGAAAGAUGGCGGCUACAACCUGAGAAGCAUGUUUAAGGAAGUCCGCCGACCUUCAGAAAGUGCCAGUGGAGUAUCUGCAAAUGUGGGAAGAAGAAAAAAGAGUGUGACUAUAUUUGGGCUAAGGCGGAGCAGUGACCCUGUAGGUAUUAAGGUAGGGGAGGAGACGGGCAGAGAUAUUGGAGGGGUUAAAUUUGCUGUUCAGCAGCAACCUGUAGUGCUGGAAGAGCCCGUGCCUGUUAAGAACAUUAAAGUUGAUCUUCAGCGUGGUACUAAAUCUGAUUCCAUACUUGACACUGAGCUACAACAGGAGAAGAAAACAUCAAGUUCUCUUAAUUCUCCUUCUUCCCAGAUUAAAACUGUGCUCAAUCCUGAACCUUGUAAAAAGAUCCAGUCUUCAUCCGGGAGUACAGUUGCUUCUGCCCCAAGUUCUCUUCCUAUUCCAUCUGAGAAGGGAGUAAAUGUUGAGGGUCAGUGGAUAAAACCUGGAGAGGCAUAUGAAUUUGGUCCACUGCAGACAUCUACACCCAUUGUACCUAUGCCCACAUCAAUUCCAGGUUUCACUUCUGUCACUCAUACUGAUCAGCUUGACGCCUGUUCCAGGACAGGUUCUCAGCUUAUUCAAGACCUAAGCUCUAGUUCAGAUAUGGGACCAGGUUUAACCCUAGAUUCAUCCCCUUCAUCUUCCUUCCCAAUCAAGACGCCAUCUUCAGUUUCUUCAUUAAAAACUCCUACAUCCCCCCUAGCAGGGACUGCAAGUCCCAAAGUUGGCUCAAAAAAUAUGCCACCAGAAGCUGUAAAAGGAGAACUUCCUCGUGUCCUCACACCAAGCCCGAAGCUCCCACUUCACCAAGAAAUGUCUAGCCAAUCACCUGUUUCCUAUUCAUCCUUUAGACAAACUUAUAGUCCGUCACAAGCCCGAGCUCCGGAGAGAGAGCUUGAAGGCACCACAAUGCCCAAAGCUGAAGAAAAAUUAGAAUUUAAGAGACCUGGAAUUCUAAAAAAGAAUAAACUGUCACCAGUUGCAGCAGGGGAGUCUAAAAGCUCUGCCCUUCCAUCUUCAUCUGAACAACUUUUUAAAGACAGAUCAAGCAGUUUACCUUUGUUACCUUCUAGCCUGUCUCCCUCCUCACCUCAAGGUGGCAGAAUAAGUAGUGUGACCAUUGUUAAAGCCAGUCCUGACAGCCAGAGGGAGUUCUCUGUUGUCACAAUGGUGGAAGAAGAGAAGUCAACCACUAAAGACCAGAAAGAAGACGAUUAUGAACUUGGAGCUGAACCAGACAAGAGGGUUAUCGGAUCGGCUGAAGGAGAUGAUUUUGUACCAGGUGCUAGACAACCUGAGAGCCAGAGCGGAAAAACUUCUGGUGUAGAGGUUAUCCCGUCUUUGAGUCAAGAGAAGGAGGACAUGAUGGAAAUGGAAGAUAUUAGAGACUGCAAGGUGAUGCAGGUGGAAGGAGCACAGUUAAUGCAGGAAGAAGUGGAGCUGAAGAUGGAAAAGGACUGAAGCUGAAGUCACAAAGUGGUGAAAAGUUAAGUGUCCAGUGCUGAUCUAAAGAAAGUGACUGCUACCACCACUAAGUAGAAUAAGGCAUUCUUAUAAAAUAACCAUAAGCAUAUUUUAAUUAUUAACUGGUUACACUGUAGGGGGACUGGACUGGACUGGACGCUUAAUUGAAAAGCCAUCCACACAAAUUUCAAAUCUUCUUUAUGUAAUGGAUAACCACUCUUCAGUUCACACUUUGGUCCAUACUAAGCACUUCAGUACCAAAUAUCCCCAAAUGAUGGGAAUCCUCUAAGCUCUACACACUUUCUCACAGCAGGAGCUUUUUCAAAGUUCUGGGAACCGAUGGAGGAACUUUUUACUGCGUAGCUAAAAAUUCAAGUUAUUAGAUCUGUUUUUGGGCUGUGUGUGUAAUAAUAGGACAUAAGAGGAACAGUGAUUUGUCCAGAUGUAGUUUGGUCAAUCACAUGAAUGUAGAUCUGGCAAAAUAUUACCAUACAAACAACAGUUUUUAACAUGAGCCCUAAAAAUGGACCAAAUCAGAAAGAAGAGAACUGACAGCAAAGAUGCAAUUUAGUUUUUCUAAACCUGCUAAAAAAUACUCACCUCAUAGUGAAGAAAUGUAAAGAGAAAUUAAAGUGGCUGAAACAGGAUUACAAGAAAAUAACACAACUAUAGGUGAUGUUACCUUAUCAACCACUGACAUUACUUCAAAUUUCCCGAUGAAACUGAUGUUUAGUGAUCCUUGUUCUUUUGUUUAUCUCACAAAAGAUGACAUAUGAACAUCCAGUUUUACCUCAAAACUCUCAAAGUGUUUUUCCACAAAGUUGUUUAGAUAUAAAUUGGAUGGAUCAGUCAUUGAGUCCAUUUUUUACAGACAUUCAUUCUGAAUGAAUCUCGAUACCUCUGGUGAUCUUGAAUGAAAUUUCUGUAUCAUGUAGAAUGAUUGCAUUGACUGCAUUGAUUUUUUGACAUUUCAUCAAGUUUUUCUCGAGAUGCAUCUCAAUAACUUUUUGUCUAGCUCCACGAUCACGUCAAAAUGAUUAUUCUUUCCCACAUGCUGGUUUAUUACAGAGCCCCACAAGGGACAUUGGAGAAAAAAAAUGGAGAUGAACUUUUGCGAGAUCUCGCGAAAUAGGGCGCAUCUUUCAGAGGUCGCCAGCUCGAAGCUGACCGUGAGGUCGAGGCACAGUGUGCCGGGAGUAUGGUCCUCCCCCCGGCUCUAAGCCUUGACCUAGCGGUCAGCUUCAAGCUGGUGGGUAACAGAUGUCUUCGAAAACGUCGGAGCACUUUUGCAAAUAUGUGAUGUCUUGAUAAACCG